CUGAUCUGGUCUGAUCUGAUCUGAUUUGAUCUGGUCAUGUUAGUGGGUGGGCUAGCUAGCUAGCUACUUUGUAAUAAUAUUAAUGACUUGGAAUGAUCUAUUAAUUUUCUUUCAUCUAUCUUCAUCUCCAUCUUCAUCUUAUCUACAUGCUUACUAUACAUACUUAAUCGCAUGUAUGCAUGCAUGCAUGCAUACAUACAUGCAUACAUACACACAUCAUCGACCCAGUAUCUUCCAAAUGAACGAACGAACGAACCAACGAACGAAAGAAAGUAAAAGUGGUACUCCCACCUACCUACCUACCUACCUACCUACCUACCCACCUACCCACCCACCCACGACUAGUAGACAAAAUAAUACAAACCACCCGAAAUCGAAAGAAUACAUACACCAGAAAAGCAGAAUAAGCAAGAUAGUAUAAGAUAAGUAGGUGAGUAAGUAAGUAAGUAAGCAAGUAAAGUAAAGUCAAGUAAAGUAAAAGAAAACUCGGAUCGAGUCAAAACGAGAGAAUGGUAAGGGUAUCGAA